AUAAAGAAAAGAAGAAGAGAAAGAGGAAAAAAGACGAAAUAAUAUAUAAUAAUAGAAUAUUAUUUAUACUGUGAUAUAUAGCCAAGCAUUGUUUUGUGUGUCUGCAAAUCAGUAAUUGAGCAAAACGACGCAGCAGUGAACGAGAAGACACAAGAACGACGAAACAAAGCCAAUUGCAAUAACAACAACAACACAGCAGAGACAGCAGCAAAGUCAGCAGCCAAAAAGUAAAAGAAGAGCAGCAUUCAUUAACAAUGCCACUGUUUGGUAAAUCACAGAAGACGCCAGUUGAAUUGGUCAAGUCGCUGAAGGAAGCAAUCAAUGCACUGGAGGCAGGCGAUCGCAAGGUGGAGAAGGCGCAGGAGGAUGUAAGCAAAAAUCUGGUGUCCAUCAAGAAUAUGCUGUACGGCAGCAGCGAUGCGGAGCCACCAGCGGAUUAUGUUGUCGCUCAGCUGUCGCAGGAGCUGUAUAACAGCAAUCUGCUGCUGUUGCUCAUACAGAAUCUGCAUCGCAUCGAUUUUGAGGGCAAAAAGCAUGUGGCACUCAUAUUCAACAAUGUGCUCCGUCGACAGAUCGGCACCCGAUCCCCCACAGUGGAAUACAUCUGCACGAAACCGGAGAUACUCUUCACAUUGAUGGCCGGCUACGAGGAUGCACAUCCCGAGAUUGCCCUCAACUCGGGUACGAUGCUGCGCGAAUGCGCCCGCUACGAAGCGCUGGCAAAGAUCAUGCUGCAUUCGGAUGAGUUCUUCAAGUUCUUCCGUUACGUGGAAGUAUCCACGUUUGACAUUGCCUCGGAUGCCUUCUCCACCUUCAAGGAGCUACUGACACGCCAUAAGCUGUUGUGUGCCGAAUUCCUCGACGCCAACUAUGACAAGUUCUUUUCGCAGCAUUAUCAGCGUCUGUUGAACUCCGAGAACUAUGUGACCCGACGUCAGAGUCUGAAAUUAUUGGGCGAACUGUUGCUGGACAGGCAUAACUUUACCGUAAUGACACGAUAUAUAUCAGAGCCGGAGAACCUGAAGCUAAUGAUGAACAUGCUUAAGGAACGUUCACGUAACAUUCAAUUCGAGGCGUUUCAUGUCUUCAAAGUGUUUGUGGCGAAUCCAAAUAAACCGAAACCCAUUCUGGACAUCCUGCUGCGCAAUCAAACGAAACUGGUCGAUUUCUUGACCAGCUUCCACACGGAUCGAUCCGAGGAUGAGCAGUUCAACGAUGAGAAGGCCUAUCUGAUUAAGCAGAUAAGGGAGCUGAAACCGCUGCCCGAGGCUUAGUGGGCGGCGGCAGCAGAAACAGCAGCAGUAACAACAACAACAACGAUGGCAACGACGACAGUGCUGGCAACGUCGAGGGCGAGAACAAGAACGAGAACGAAAGCAGAAACAGUAACAAAAACAAAAGCGAGAACAAGAUCGUUGGCGAAAGCGGGAGCAAGAACGAGAAGAACACAAAGGCCUUGGCUGUAUGGAGGAUGGCUGCUGACGACGAUGAUAGUGAAGACAGAUGCAGGACGAAGACGACAACAUAAGGACGGCUAUACGCAUGCAGUAUGCGUGGGAGGAGCUGAGCAAUACAUUGACGAAAACAGACGCAAGACGAAGACAACGUGACCAGGGACGGGGACAGCGACGAUGACGACAGCACUUGUGAGUAACUAAACAAUAAUUUAGACAAAGCAAACAGAAUGAUAACGAUAACGAUAAACGAUAAACAAAAAUAUAUAAGUAGCAACAACAAGAAGUACACACAUAUGUAACUGUAUGUAUGUAAUAAUAGCGUAAACGAGCCGCCGCAUAAUAUUGCGAAUUUAACUAAAUAACAAACAACAACCGAAAAAAUCACACACUCACACACUAUUUACUUUACUUUACCCAAAAAAAUUAAAUAAGAGACAUAUUCAAUGCAGCUUCGUCUAGUUCGCUUUUAAAUUGUUCCAAAAGAGAAUUCGUUCUUUUUCUUAUUUGUGUUGUUGUUGUUGGUUGUUUGUUGUGGUUCUUCAGUCGAGAGAGAUAGAGAUCCUCGUAGACCCUUUGUAUGUAUGUACACCUAUGGUUUAAUACUUUUUUCUUUUGCCUAUUUACACAUAAAUAGUUGUUGUAAUGAAAUUUAGCGUUUUUGAAACGACAAUGAGAAAAGGAUAAUAUGAGUUUUGACUUAACAAUUUAGACAUUAAACAUUUCAAAUGUGCGCCGAAAUUUACAAUUAUCGUAAAUUAUUAUAUAUAUAUUUAAAUACAUACAUAUGUAAAACGAUUGUAAUUUCACGCAAAAACAAAAAAAAAGUUCAUUCAAAGUACUGCAUAAUAA